GUCCCCGGCAGCGGUGUCCAGUGGGCCAGAUUUAACGCUGGGGAGGAUGGCAGUUUGCCGCCGGGGAGGUGUUCCAUGGAUCAGAAUCAGAGCCGCCGUCUGAUCCGUGGAUCAGGAAAUUCGCUUUACUGUCUCGCCGCACGAGUCGAGUUGAAUCCAGAGUCCAGUCGUCUUCUCUUGCAAAGCGACUGGCGAUUUGAAGGCGACGACUGGGAGAUAAAGGUCAGGAGCGGCAGCGGCGAUCCAACAUGGAGUUCUUGAUGCAGCCGAUCGGCAGAUCUGCUGUGCUUGAGGAGAUAGAAGAGAGCCUGGUGCCUGCCCCUCUGGUUGCCGAUGGCGAAGUGGUGGCGGAGCAUGCGGUGCAGCAGCAUCACAGGGCGGCGGACAGCGGCAAAGCACAAAUCAGGGGCGGAGGCCGCAGCGGGCAGAAGGGAUAGCUCCCCUCCGACGCUCGAGCUCUCAACGGGGAAGACGAAUCCCCAGGUGCCCGGAUGGAAUAAGAGGACUAGGGUUGGAUUAGUUGGCAGGACGAGGAUGAAGUUGGUUCCGGCCAAGAGCAGCGUCGUGCGCUGGCUGUCGGCGGAGCAGCGUGGAGGCGCGGCACGGGGGAGGCUCAGCUGCUGCACCUGUGGCUGCAUGCGCACAUGUGCUGGCUGAAUCUCCGCCUGGCUGCUAUGGUCGAAGUUGUGGUCUCGCCUGUAUCUCUGCUGAAGGGGAGCCGACGGGUGCAUAGCAAGGGGGGUUGCAGCACGUACGGCUGCAUCAGCCCUGCGCGAGUC